GGUUUCCAGUCCAUAAUGAUUAGUGGUAUAGAGGCUGUUCAAAGUGUUUUAAACAACUGAAGCAAAGAGAGGACAGUGGUGAAUUAAUUUGUCCUAAACAUGAUGUGCAAAUAGCUGUGCCAUGUUACAGAGUUUAUGUCACCAUUUGAGAUGAUAAUAAUCAAGCAACGCUCAUUCUGAUGGGGAGACAGGCAGAGCAGCUGUUUGGCAUCAAUUGUCAAGAUCUGGUGAACAAAAGACUGUAUCCAACAGAGCAGACACUACCAGAAGAGAUUAAGAAGACAACUGAUGAAACCUAUCUCUUUGAAAUCACAGUCAAUCAAUAUAGCGAGCUGAUGGUCAGAAACAUUUUCCCAAGUAAGCAAUCCUUUGCAUCAAUGGUGGAACAAACCCCAACCACUGUAACAUCGGAGCGGCUUCCAACUGAAGGAAAAAGAAACAUUGAAGCAAGUGGAAAAGCUUUGUGCAUCAUAGAGCCUGAGAAAAAAGCCAAGAAUGAGAAGGAGACCAAGCGUGGAGCAAUGAUAUCGGCAUCAUCAGUGUCAUCAUCAGCAAGCAAAGAACAACAUCAGAAAGAAAAGGCAGACUGAAUCUAAAUUGCUCCUCUGUACAGCUGUAACUUAUUUUAUCUAAUUAUACCUGCGCUGACUCCAUUUUGUGUACAGCUAUAGUCAGCGAAACAACUGGAUCUUUUGGGAACUGGAGGUAUUAAUUUUUUGGUCAAACUCCAGUCCAACUUUUUGAUAAUUAGCUCCAGUUGUUUCAGCAGUGAUAACAGAUCUAAUGAUCUUUGAACAAUGGAAGCAGUUAA